UCGGCGCCGCACCUGCAGUAGGUCCCACCGCAGUUAGGGCUCCGGGUGGUUCGUGUGAGGCGGAGCUCGGCAGUUCCGUCUGCUUCAUCCGCAGCGUCUCCCCGUCUGUCUCGUUGCCGUUGCAUUCUCCAGAGAGAGACGGACCUCCGCUUCCUCUGUCAGAAAAAUGUCUGCUCCAGCUCAGCCACCCGCUGAAGGAACAGAAGGGGCUGCCCCAGGUGGGGGUCCUCCUGGUCCUCCCCCUAAUAUGACCAGUAAUAGACGACUACAGCAAACCCAGGCACAAGUGGAGGAGGUGGUGGACAUCAUGCGUGUGAAUGUGGACAAGGUCCUCGAGAGGGACCAGAAGCUGUCAGAGUUGGAUGACCGAGCUGACGCCUUGCAGGCGGGAGCGUCACAAUUUGAGAGCAGUGCUGCCAAGCUAAAGAGGAAGUACUGGUGGAAAAACUGCAAGAUGAUGAUAAUGCUGGGAGCGAUCUGUGCCAUCAUCGUGGUAGUUAUUGUAAGGGGGUCACCGCUGGAGAAGACCAACACUGUCCUCGAUGUACCCCGAGCCUGCAGCAAAUUUACCCUGUUGGCCCACCCAGCCCUAGCACGGGAAUUCUUUCCUGGGUUUCUGUCCCUGUAAGGCUAACCAGGUGUAGUGGCUUUGUUCUUUUGGGGGUGUUAACCCUUUCGUUUUCUUUCUCACCCCACUCUGAACCCUCUUCUGUGUCUUUGCGGUCUCCUUUCCCUCCCACCACCCAUGUGCAUGAGCAAAUGCGCAACUAAACUCUGGGGCUUUGCAGCCAGGUGAAGCCAAGCUUCCCACAUCCCCUUCUUUGGUUUGCCAUGAGAUGAUGUGGGGUUUCCAUUGUGUUUGUCAUUACCUCUCUGUCUUUUUCCUAACCCAGUCUCAUAGUUUAUGUAUAGAGUAGUAAGAGUUGUAUUUCCACCAAAGGCAUGUGACAUACUUACCAAUUUCAUGUAUUCUCAAUAAAGGUGAAAAAUACAAAUUCCUACCACAACA